AUGCAAGCGAGCGGGCUUCUGCUGGCGUGGUUCUCGCUCGUGCCCCGUGGCGCUGUGAUUGCGAUGGCGAUGCUUGCCUUCUUGCAGUCUGACCCUGUUGUGGGCGCGAAGUGGACUGAUAUCCAGUUCAAGGGCGCCAUUGAUUGCCUGGCAGCCAAUGGGCUGACGAUGCCAGAAGAAUUGGCCAAUCUUCAAUUCGGCGAUUUGAAGGAUGCCGAUGGCGCGACGGCGCUGACGAAGGGCGUCCUGCGGCGCGCUCUGGAUCGCGCGACGGUGGCGGCAGCCAAGGGAGAGCAUGUCGACAUCGGCGCUGGCCUGGCCCAGAUCAGCUUGAGGGACCUUCCGGAGUCCCUGUGGCCGAGGUCAGCGAAGACCGAUGCGCUGGCCACCGAGGUGCAGCGCGCGAAAUCCAGGGGAAUCGCGCGCCCGUUCAUUUAUACUGAGCUCGCGAAGUUCCAGCCGCUUUGCGCGCGCGGCGCGGGCGGCUCUCCCGACGAUGACGAGCCCGAGUCGAAAGAGGCGGCCGCGUUGGCCAGAGCGUUCGGACGGGGAACCGCGGCGGAGAGCCAGCCGCUUCUGGCGUGGACGCCAUGGCACCAAGCUUACGACGCGUGGAGCGUGGCGGCCGCGGUCACUGAUCAGAUUUCGUACACGAGCGCCAUGGCUCACAAACACGUUGUUCUCCAGGUUGCCUUGGUCUACGACCGCCUUGUGCGGAGGACGUGGGCCGAGCGUGCCGCCGCCGGCGCGGCAGGCUUCCAGGCCGCAGCUCCGCGCCAUGCUUCGGCGCGUUAUUCUCGGGCGCGCGUCGGCGCGCAGGUGAACGUUGCGGCGCUGUCGCUUGACGUCGGGCUGCUCCGCGCGGCGGAAGCGGAAUAUGAUCGGGCUCUUAAGGUUGCCGCGCCGGCCGGCAAGGGUGCAGGGAAAAGCGCCGCGGCAGCGCGCGGGCAGAGUGCGAGCGCCGCGAGCGCCGCGGGCGCCGUGGGAGCCGCGGGGGGCGCCGCCGUCAC